UGAUCCGCAGAGCAUGCUGGGAUGUGUGGUUCUCUUGCGGCUGCUCAUGAGGCGGAAGUCCCGGUGUAGUGUGUGCCGUACGGUUCCUCAACAUGUAAAAUAUAUAUGAUGGCUUCUAAAUCUCUUCACAAGGACUGGUAUGCUGUACUUGGCGCUAAUCCCAGUGACAGCCAGGCCGAGCUGAAACAGAAGUAUCAGAAGCUUGCUUUAUUAUACCACCCGGAUAAACAGAGCAGGAACACAACAGGAAAACAAGUAGAGGAUGGAGCCCAGAGAUUCAUCGACAUUAAUCAGGCGUGGAAAAUCCUCGGGAAUGAAGAAACAAAAAAAGAAUAUGACGUGCUGUUGCGUGAAUCCGAGCUAACCCAGAUGUGGCCUGUAGACGCUCAGAUUCACCUGGAGGAGAUGUCAUGGAGCAUCGAUGAAGAGAAUUAUUCUUUCCCAUGCCGAUGCGGAGGCCGAUACAUACUCGCUGAAAGUGAUCUGGACCAAACUAUCUUGGUUAAUUGUGACUCCUGUUCAUUGAUUACAGAAAUCUUAAAAGGAUGAUGAGGACGUUAUCAAUAUGUAAAUAAAUUAUAACUUAA